CACAAAUUUUGCUUUUACUUCAUCAUAUCUGUGAUGUUGCAGCCGUACAGCUGACGGAGCCGUGGCGGUGCGGAAAGGGUCUUCAUUAAUGAAAGUUAAACGCUGGGCUUUCUACAGGACUAAUAAACUCUGCCAGGACGUAAGCCAUGGAAGGGACGAGCCAAGACGUGCCGCUGAGUGUCGACAGCAGCCCGCUGGGAAGUCAGGAGGAGGAGGAGGCCCCCCUGUUUGGCCUGCUGGACGUGCUGAUCCUUCUGGCGUUGCUGGGCUUCGCCAUCUAUUGGCUCUUCCUGAGGCGCAAGAAGGCCCCCACCUUCGAUCCAGCCGCCAUCAAAACAUUUUCUAUUGAAACAAAUAUACAGAAGGCUGACAACACAAGCUUUAUCGGAAAAAUGAAAUCAACGGGUAGGAAUAUAGUGAUAUUCUACGGAUCACAGACGGGCACAGCAGAAGAGUUUGCUGCUCGUCUGGCCAAGGAAGCCAACAGAUUUGGUCUCAAAGCAAUGGUAGCGGACCCCGAGGAGUGUGAAAUGGAAGACCUGACCAAGCUGCCAGAGAUCACCAACUCAAUGGCCAUCUUUUGUAUGGCAACAUACGGUGAAGGAGACCCCACAGAUAAUGCGCAGGACUUUUACCAGUGGCUUCAGGACGGCAGCGUAGACCUGCCUGGAGUCAAUUAUGCUGUGUUUGCUCUGGGAAACAAGACCUACGAGCACUUUAAUGCGAUGGGGAAGUAUGUUGACAAGCGCAUGGAGGAACUGGGGGCCACUCGCGUCUUUGAGAUGGGCCUCGGAGAUGAUGAUGCAAACAUUGAGGAAGACUUUGUGACCUGGAAAGAGCGUUUCUGGAAUGCCGUUUGUGAGAACUUCCACCUGGAGAUCUCUGGCGAGGAUAUCAACCUGCGCCAGUACCAGCUCAUCGUGCACACCGACCUUCCUGGCGAGAAGGUCUUCCACGGAGAGAUCUCACGCCUCAACUCAUACACCACCCAGAAAAUGCCUUUUGAUGCAAAGAACCCAUUCCUGGCGCCUGUCCGAGUCCACAAGGAACUGUACAAGGGUUCACGUUCAUGCAUGCACAUUGAGAUUAGCAUUGCUGGCUCCAAAAUGAGGUACGAUGCCGGUGACCACGUGGCCGUCUACCCAAUGAAUGACAUCGCCAUAGUAGAGAACCUGGGACAAAUGCUCAAGGUGGAUUUGGACACUAUCAUCACACUCAAAAACCUUGAUGAGGACAGCUCCAAGAAACACCCCUUUCCAUGCCCAUGCAGUUACAGAACUGCACUGUUGUACUAUGUAGACAUCACCACUCCCCCUAGGACGCACGUCCUGAAAGAAAUUUCAGAAUAUGCCAGCAACGAGGAGGAGAAGAAAAAGCUGAAGCUCAUGAGCUCUUCUUCCGAUGAAGGGAAGAGCAUGUACAAGCAGUGGGUACUCAAUGACUGCCGCAGCGUCGUACACAUUCUGGAGGACUUGCCAUCAGCACGUCCACCACUGGAUCAUCUUCUGGAGCUCAUGCCCAGGCUGCAGGCUCGAUACUACUCCAUCUCCUCAUCGCCAAAGACGCACCCCGACAGCAUCCACAUGACAGCGGUGAAGGUGGAAUAUGAGACGCCGACCAAGCGCAUCAACCACGGUGUUGCCACAGGCUGGCUGGCACUCAAGCGGCCCGACAACGGCACGCAGCCCACGCUGCCCGUGUACGUGCGACGGUCGCAGUUCAAGUUGCCCUCGCGGCCACAAGUUCCCAUUGUGAUGGUGGGGCCAGGCACUGGCUUGGCACCAUUCCGCGGCUUCAUCCAAGAGAGGGAUUUCCUUCGCCGAGAAGGCAAGCCAGUGGGUGAAGCGGUACUCUACUUCGGUUGCCGCAAGAAGGAGGAAGACUACCUUUACCAGGAGGAGCUGGAGGAGUACUUGGCAAAUGGUACACUGACCAAGCUGUACCUGGCCUUCUCGCGAGACCAGCCACACAAGGUGUAUGUGACGCAUCUCUUGCGCCAGAACAAGGAUGAGGUCUGGGACCUCAUUGGCAAGAAGAAUGGCCACUUCUACAUUUGUGGUGAUGCACGUAACAUGGCAAGAGACGUGCACGAGAUCCUACUAGAGAUCUUCCGCGAGAAUGGCAACAUGACAGAAGACGAGGCAGUGUCCUACCUCAAGCGCAUGGAGUCGCAGCGGCGCUAUUCGGCCGACGUCUGGAGUUGAUGCCGCCCAGUGGCCAGCCUAGCAAGUCAUUACCGGGCAGAGCAGGGCGCGCUGCUGCCCGCCAUCGCCGCGCCCUGCUCAUUGUCGCGAGGCCUCUUCCUCGCCUCCGGGAGACUGUUGUCCUGGGACGCUGUGGUGGCGGGGAUGAUGAUGCGGGCCCCUCCCUGUUCCUCCGGUGACUGGGGCCGUGGUCUCUCCCUGACCCCACUUCCCUGCGUUCAGUGGCUUAGUGGCAUUGGUAGUCAGUUCGCAGGCGAGGCCAGUGAGGGUGGUGCACUGCACUGUCCGACAAGCCACAGCUCUGGCAGCAGCAGCAGCGGCAGCGCCCACGAGCCCACCCCAGUUUCACGCACACAUUCCCGGUCCCACGCUGGUCGUGUCCCAUUGUCUUGGCACAGUGUGGUGUUUGCGCUUCUUCCAUCCUCGCUUCUUGUCCUGACCUAGCUGCCGUCUCUGCAUCGCUUCUGUUUGCUUUUGUGCAGUUUCAAGUGCUCUCGCCUCUUGUUCUUGUUGGAGAGCCUAUUGUUAUGCGUUGCUUACAAACUGCUUGGCUGCAUUCUUGUUUAACCACUUUCUUGUUGACCACAUUUGGUGUGCACCAGGUUGGUUGCUCGGAACAGCAGAAAGAAAUUUGUGGGUGCUCCCACUUGCUGUCAGUGUUGUUUUCACAUUGCGACACUAGAGAAUUUUAGCUUGUCCGGUAAUCGGGUAAAUGCGCGCGGUCCGGGCGUUGGGGCGUGUUAGCGGAACCGUAAAUUUGAGCGGCUUGUAUGGUGCUGCCACAUGGUGGCGCAGAGCUCAAACUGACAAAAACAGCUAAUAUUGCAGUAACCACGUGUAUUCUACUUCGCUGCUGGUGUAAAUUUUUGGCAGCUACACGAUUACGCCACGGCUGAAAAUUUACCCCAGCAGCGAAGUAGAAUACACUUGGUUGCUGCAAUAUUAGCUGUUUUUGUCAGUUUGAGCUCUGUGCCACCAGGUGGCAGCACCAUACAGGCUGCUCACGUUUACGGUUCCGCUAACACGCCCCAACGCCCGGACUGCUUACGUUUACCCGAUUACCGGACGAGCUAAACCUGUCUAUUAUCGAGAGAGAGAGAAACAUGCUUUAGGGUCAUUCCACGCGAAACGUCCCAGACCCAAAAAGCGACCAUGGUUGAUUUUCUUGAAAAAAAUUGGGCUAGGUGGCUAUUGUGUGAAUAAGGUUUCAGCAAAGUAUUUUCAUCGAAAAAAAAAUUUUUUUUGAUCACGUGAGCUCUCUUUGAAGUUUCCGCAAAGAAGCAAUAGUUGGUUGGAGGAAAUUUUUAUUUAUUCAUGUCUGAAACUAGGUGCAGUAACAAAUUUUAUUUUAGAGAAUUCUAGGGGCAUCCUUCUUUCAUAUAAUGUGAUAACUGAAUGCAUUUUCGAAUUUUCCGCGUUUAUUUGGCUCAGUAAAAAAGCAAGACAUGUUGCGUUUUCAGACAUUUUUUUUCCCAUAAACUGCGCAAAUUUUUCAGCUACAAUAUUAUUUCUCCCUUCUCGCCUGUUGCUAUAGUGUAUGCUAAAAAGAAUUUUGAUGUCAACAACCAAUAACACCAGUAGGCACUGCGUACAUACUGCCGCUCACGAGGGAAGCGGCGACGAGGGGAGCGGCGGUAUGUACGCAGUGCCUACUGGUGAUAUUGAUUGCUGACAUCAAAUUUUUUUAGCAUACACUAUAGCAACAGGCGAAAAGGGAGAAAGAAUAUUGUAGCUGAAAAAUUUGCGCAGUUUAUGGGAAAAAAAAUGUCUGAAAACGCAACAUGUCUUGCUUUUUUACUGAGCCAAAUAAACGCGGAAAAUUCGAAAAUGCAUUCAGUUAUCACAUUAUAUGAAAGAAGGAUGCCCCUAGAAUUCUCUAAAAUUUGUUACUGCACCUAGUUUCAGACUUGAAUGAAAAAAUUUACCUCCAACCAACUAUUGCUUCUUCGUGGAAACUUCAAAGAGAGCUCACGUGAUCCAAAAAUUUUUUUCGACGAAAGUACUUUGCUGAAACCUUAUUCACACAAUAGCCACCUAGCCCAAUUUUUUUCAAGAAAAUCAACGAUGGUCGCUUUUUGGGUCUGGGACGUUUCGCGUGGAAUGACCCUUUAAUGAGAUGCUGGAGGUGUUAGCCUGGCGACGCUAUCGAGCAGUACAUUGACGUGAUUGGCAGAGUAAAGAUUGUGAUGUCACGGAAUGCCUCUUAGCUACAGUGAAUCGUUGCCCCUGCCCAAGGAAAGUGUCACUGAAAGUGAUUGAUCAGGAAUGCAGCUGCUGAACACGCUGUGUGGUAGUUAAGUAACAUAAUGGGCCUGUCGAAGAACAUGCAAAUGUUUCUCAUAACAUUGAUGCCCAUUGCGUGUCUUGCUUGUAAAAUAUGCUCGCUUAAUGCCAUGACGUUCAAAGAAUAUUGUAUUUACAUAGCCUGGUGCUUUUUUUGCCACGUUAAUAUCAUUUGAUUGAAAGUGGUAAGCAUAACUUCUUCAAGUCGUUACUGUGAGCAUUGGAGCAAUGCUGUAAGACGGUUUCAGCUUUUCUGUAAACAUUCCAUUACAUUUAGUUGUGUUAUUAAACCCCGUAGAUACGCUAACCGACGAUGUGUAAUUUACUGCUCUACAUUUAAAUGCAGGAAAUUAUUAUAUAGGCCUGUUCAUUAUAGUAAACACAGAUGGCGAAAAUUUUUAUUUUGUGCAUUCUCACCGAUGUGUGUCGUUUCAUUCUCACAUAUUUUUUUAAGAAAUGCUCUGGCGUGCCUUUUGUGCUAGAGCACUGCAGCUUGAAUAAUAGGUGAAAUUUUAUGCUUUGUAAUUUGUUUUAACCAUCCUGUAUGCUCCUUUCUUUUAUUUUUUACAAAUGAAACGUUUACUCUUUCACACAUUGUCAAAGUAGCAUCAGUCAAUUCCUACUACUAGCUUUGAGUGCAAGCCCAUGUGUUUGUAAAGAAUGUGUUGCGUAUGUUUGUUACGACAUGUAGGCCUAUGUUGCAGUGUUAAAAAAUUCUGGUGUAUGUUGGUACAUGUGCAGCUUUACAGUAGAUAAGUAUGACUUCUUCAAAUGCCUGUAUCCUGUUUCUCACUAAAGUGCAGUUCACAUUCAAUGAUGCUUUGUUAAUUAUGUGCAUGCACUUCAAAUGCUUGCCGUGCAGCAAUACAGCGACUUUUUAGUCUUUUUCAGUACACGAAGUUCUUUGGAAAUGUGUUUUAGUGAACUGCGUAGUAUGUAGUGUGAGGAAGCUUCUCGGUACGAUUUCGGGAAAUGUGUCGUCUUAAAAAUGUUGCACGUUCCUCUGGUCGUUUCUGCAGAGUGCCUUGGUAUUUGCAGCAAAUCUUAAAAUGUGUAAGACAAGUUGAGUUUGUCAUUCUGUGACGACGAUGUUAACAGACGAAGUGUUAAACACUAGUGGAAGUCUAUCUUAAUAUGCUAGUACAGUGUGCACAAUAAAAAAUGGAGUGGGACCACGUGUGCAUGCAGGCUUGGAAGGCUGUAGUGAGCUUUGCAAAUCAUGUACACACAUCAGUUUUUUAAUAUGCACCACCUGUGUUGCUAGUAGUGGAAAACGCGGUACGCAGGGUGCCAUCUCCAGACUGUGUUUGUCAUAGCUACGUCAGUUUCAUUUCAUUCACAAAAUGCAAUUGUACAAUGCCGUUUUGCUCAGUGUUAUGUAACUUGGAAAAUAAGGCAUUAGCAUUAGUUUGUUUUUAGAACUUGCUCCCCAGCUACACAUUGUUAGGCUUAGCUAGGCCUAGUAAGGGGUCAUACCAUUGCCACAGAAGUGAUUUGAUUGCUCUCUACCAGAUGGCACCACACUUCUAGUGUUGGCUAUGCAAAACGUACUGCUAAAUGCCUCUACAAAAAUGCAUGUAAGAGGCCAUAGCAUUUCUGUGUUUGGCCAUGCAGAUAGCCCAAAUGCUAUUCUAAAGCUAAUUUAUCAGAACAUGCAAACUGGUAACAUUAUGUUGAAAUAUAUCUGCUCUUAAGCUGCAUGCUAAAGCUUUGAACUGCACUUUACAAAUAAUAAAUGAUUUUAGCUUUGCAGGCAAUCAAGCACCUAACUUGACAAAUAAUUCAAGGUUGUGGGUGUCAUGCCUUCUAUAAUAUUUGCUAUCACGGUCCGUCAUUUAUUGUUUCUGCUGUAAUGAGAUUGCGACAUUGAAGGUUGGGUGUGAUGUGAAACUGUGGUGCUCUCUAAAAUGUGCACCUAUUGUUGUCUUGGUGUGUUUUUUUAUCUGUUAACGAACUUUUAUUAACAAAGUGCUGCUCCUGGUUGUUGUUUUUUAACUGUUCAUCUUGGAUGUACAUCUUACCAAUUGGCUCUGUACAGUUAUGCGACCUCCUAGAGUGCACUGCACAAUGAAAGAAACGGUGAUUGCAUCCGCGUCUUCGAACACCGGUUGCAAAGCAACAGGUGCAGCAGCGCAUGUGUGGCUUCUUUUGGCCAGUGCGCACAUUCCUCCGUUACAUUUCGUAUUUAUUCCACUGCAGCUCAAGUCUCGAAGAAAGCAAUGUGGCGAGUAAGGGCAGCGUCGCCAGUGGACGCAAUGUCGCCAGUGGACUCUUCUAGGCAAAUUGGGCAUUUCUAUAGUGCAGCUGCAGUGUACUGAGUACAUCGCGACUUUGCCGAGAAAAUGUGCUUCACCCUUUGUCUGGAGCACUCACCAACUGUGGCUUGCACUGAUCGAAGCCAGAAGCAUCUCCCUUCAUCAUUGCAUUUUUUUUUUUAUCCAGUAUUAAAAAAAAAGGGGGAACAGCUGCCUCAUGUGCUGACAAUGGGUUUAGUAAUUUGGUGGAGUACAAAAAACAAAAAAGCAAAAAAAAAAGAAAAACAUUUGGCAUACAGCACCAUACAGAAUUAUGUAAUAGCGACAUUCUCAACCUUAUAAGCAAAAAAGACUCGAAGGGGUGUUUUUAGAUUUUGCCCAUGUACAAGUAGCAGUCCUUACAUUAGUCUUAACUUUAGGUAGUCAAGAGUGCCACCAUCCAACAAAUCCAGUUGGAGCUCCAAGUUUUUUUUGCAGAGCACUUUUUCAUGUGCUGGUUUGUUCAAAAUUGACAGUAAAAGUACUGUGUGAAUACGUUAAGACAAAGAAAUGCACAAACACAUGAAGAGAACUGUGUGGGCACGCCAAGAAUACAUAUUUCCUUUGUCAUUGUGCAUUCGAGCAGUAGCUUUACCUCAAGAUUUAAUGCAUUCAAGCUACUGCAUGAGUAAACAAGGCAGAUACACAAGGUAAAAUGUGUACCUUGUCUUUGUCUUCAUGUAUUUGAGUAGCGGCUUUAUCACAGAGUUCUGUGCAAUGAGUCGUCUUAUAGCUGCUGUGAAAAUACAUGAAGUCAAUGGACUGCAUGCAUUGGGUGCACAUUAAGAACCUCGGGGGGGGUCAAAAUCUGGAACUCAGGGUUUCUCAUAACCCUUGAAUUACUUGGUAAUGUUAAAUCCUAUUUUUCAAAUGUAAAUAUGUUUUAAGACAGCGGACUGCGGAAAAUGUGUACUUUGUCUUUAUGUGUUCACAUAGUGGCUUUACAUCUUUAUUCACUGCAUGAGAACAAACAACACUGGCUUAUAGUAUGUGGCACUCAGUCCUCCAGUUUGUGUUGCCUGUUAAGACAGGCUUCCCGUUUCACAUAAUAAUCGUUAGGACUGUGUGCUGCCCGUCCGAGUGCUUCCACUUUGAGUGCCUUCGUAACUCUGCCUGUGUGCAGUGUGCACUUGCUGUUUUGACAGCCACGUCCUGAAAUGUGCCUCUGAUUCAACUGUCCCAUGCAUGUACCGAGAUAUAAAUGUUGAUGGUGCACUGCAUGCAUCUGCUGGUGCAUGUAAUUGUUGUUGCCAAAUGUUUUUUUGGCUCCUAGAAGUGAGGCAUUUUUUAGAGAUGUAUUUUUGUACCUUUUUUUUUUCUUUGAAGACCUGAAUGGCUUUAAGAAAAACCUACCUGUUGUGUUUUUGGUCUUUCAUGCUGACAUUGCAAUAUUAAAUUUUUGGAAUUUUAUAUUUGCUAUCAUGUACAAAAUGUUUUUUAGGGAGAAAUAUAUUUUAAAUUUGGUCUGGUACAUUGUUUAAAUAAAGCCCAUGCUUCUA